GUUGCUGGGAGCGCUUCUGCAGCAGUCGAGACUUUCGUUUUCAUUUCUUCACCUGAAACAAACUGGAUUCAUGUUGUUGGAGUCAUUAGAUUAAAUAAACAUGGCAGGCUUGGAGGUGUUGUAUGCCUGUGCAAGUGGCAGUAUCAGCUGUCCUCAGGACGCCCUUGUGUGUUUCGUUCACUGGGAAAUGAUAAAGAGUGGAUACAGGUGCAUCGGGUCUGGAGAUGAGCCUCGCAGCACUGAUAAGAAGUCAGAGCUGCUGCCUGCUGACUGGAGCAGCAACAAGGAGCUGUACAGUCUGAGAUAUAAACCCAUGGACAGUGAAACCCAGUUGCUGCUUAAAGCCAUUGCUGUCGACUCCACUUUGAUCUUCAACCUGAUGAACUCCAGCUCACAGCAGGUGACAGACUUGACGGUGAACAUCAGCGAUCAUGUGGAUGCUGGCCAGUUGCGCACAUUUGACAGUGUGUUCAAAGACGGAGACAGUUUGUCAGAGAAGGUGAAGACUCAGCUGCUGCCCUCCCUGGACAGACCGAAGGGACAGACGGCAGAGAGGAGGAGUCGGAGUGAGGAGGAGGAGGAGCGAAGACGAAGACGAGAGGACAGCGACCCCCUCGGUAUCCCACACAGACAUCCUCGCCAGGGAACUCAGCCACACUGGCCCGGUCCCAUGAUUCCUCCGUUUGCAGCUGGAGGAGCAGAUCUGGAUCCCUUUGGGACUCGAGGUGGCGGCGGGAUGAUAGUGGACCCGUUGAGGUCGGGGUAUCCUCGCUCUGGUUUUGACCCAUCCAGCGGCAUACCAGACAUUCUGCCUCCAGGAGCUGUUCCCCCGGGGGCUCGCUUCGACCCGUUCGGACCAAUCGGACAACGCAGACCAGGGCCGGACCCAGACCACAUGCCCCCACCUGGCUAUGAUGACAUGUUCAUGUAGCUCCCAGAUGUGUUUCCUGUUUUUCUACUUCCUGUUUGCUGCAUCUUGCCCUCCGGCCAGUAGGAGCCAGGCGGAAAGUUCCCAUCUUCACCCCCUCGAGGGUUUGGUUUGAUUUGGUUUAGUGGCCCGCAAAUAAAAGUUUUGCCUUCUGAUUUUCUCCUGUUUUUUGUUUUGUAAUUGUUCAUUUCAUAUAACUCAUGUAUAUAUAACUUAUGUAGAAGUUCCCUCCUCUGGAUUUAAAAUUGGUGUUAAAUAUACACCAGGAAACCAAUGGAAGCUGAAUACAGAAACAUUCGCACAGUCAUCAGUAAAUCUGGACAUCUGUAAGCCUUAUUAUUUUGAAAGGGUCAUUUCCUGAAGCACCCAGCAGGUCGGGAGGCUGUAAUCUAACUGAAAUGUUACGAUGUCGACCAACACAGCAUGUCUGCAUUUGAUAUAUUAGAUUCUUAUAGUUUUAAUUUAUUUUGAAAAAAAAGAUGGGUCCUUAAAUUUCUGUUGAUUCAAUUCAAAGCUUAAAAUUUGGUUCAUUACAUUUUUUUUUGUUUGUUUGUUUGGUUAACGAAACAUCUCGAAAUACUCUAAUAAAAAUCUAAAUAUUUAAAUUC